AAGUGCCACGUGUAGGGGUCAGCACUGACACAUUGUCAAAAUGGCAGCGUCAGUGAGAGAAAAACAAAUCGCGGCUUUGAAACGUAUGCUCAAUUUUAAUCAGCCACAGACUAAACAGUCGUCUGCUGAACCACAAUGGAAGAUUCUUGUCUACGACAGGUUUGGUCAGGAUAUAAUAUCGCCGUUAUUGACUGUAAAGGAGUUGAGAGAUAUUGGUGUAACUCUUCAUUUACAACUACACACAGAUCGAGACCCAAUCCCAGAUGUCCCGGCGAUAUACUUCGUACUCCCGACAGAUGAAAACAUCCAAAGAAUAUGCCGUGAUAUGCAGAAUCAGCUGUAUGAAAACUACUAUUUCAAUUUUAUAUCUGCCAUAUCACGUCAGCGUUUAGAGGAUAUCGCUAGUACGGCGAUACAGAGUAACACAGUCGCCCAGGUUUCCAAAGUGUUCGACCAAUAUUUGAACUUUAUAUCUCUGGAGGACAAUCUGUUUACUUUGCGACAUCAAGACCGUGAUUCAAUAUCAUAUUAUGCCAUCAACCGUGGAGAUGUGAAAGACUCUGAGAUGGAGAACAUCAUGGACACCAUUGUUGACAGUUUGUUUUCAGUUUUUGUGACUCUAGGUACUGUACCAAUUAUCCGAUGCCCCAGAGGAAAUGCAGCUGAAAUGGUUGCAGAGAAGCUUGACAAAAAGCUACGUGAGAACAUCCGCGAUGCAAGAAAUAGUUUAUUCACAGCUGACUCUCAACCUGGUCAGUUCAGCUUCCAGCGACCACUGUUGGUGGUACUUGAUCGGAAUCUAGAUCUAGCAACAAUGCUUCAUCACACUUGGACAUAUCAGGCUCUAUGUCACGAUGUGCUGGAUUUUAAACUGAACAGAGUUGAAAUUGAAGAGACGUCUGAAGCAAGGUCUGCAGCAGGAUCUCCACGCCCUAUGAAGAAGAAAAAGACAUAUGAUCUUAGCACUGCCGACAAAUUCUGGGACACAGAGAAGGGAAGUCCAUUCCCAACAGUUGCUGAGGCAGUGCAGGAGGAGCUGGAUGUGUACAGGACACAGGAAGAUGAAGUGAAGAAACUUAAAGCUGCAAUGGGACUUGAAGGAGAAGAUGACUCGGCUAUAAGUAUGUUGUCAGAUAAUACAGCUAAACUUACAUCAGCUGUCAGCUCACUUCCAGAACUUCUUGAAAAGAAACGUCUUAUUGACAUGCACACAAAUAUAGCCACAGCAUUACUUGAUCAAAUCAAAGUCAGAAAGCUUGAUAUAUACUUUGAGUCAGAAGAGAAAAUGAUGAGUAAGUCUGUAUUAGAUAAGACUCUGAUGGACUUGAUAUCUGAUCCCGAAGCAGGGACUCCAGAAGAUAAAGUACGACUGUUUAUCAUUGCACUCAUCUGUGGCCCCCACAUGUCUGAAGCUGAGAUAGACCAAUACUGUGUGGCUCUCCAAGCUGCCAACUGUGACAUAACAGCCAUCCAGUACAUGAGACGCUGGAGAGCCUACUCCAAAAUGACCGUUGCACCAAGUCAGUAUGCUGGGGGUGGCAUCAGCUCUAUUGGAAUGUUCUCAAACCUUGUGUCUAAAGGUUCCCAGUUUGUGAUGGAGGGAGUGAAGAAUCUGGCUGUCAAACGACACAAUCUGCCAGCUACAAGAGUUGUGGAUGCGCUGAUGGAGAUGAAGUCUAAUCAAGAGACUGACGAUUACCGAUACUUUGACCCUAAACUGUUGCGGGCAGAUAGUACAUCCAUUCCCCGAAACAAGUCAGCGUACCAAGAUGCUUAUGUUUUCAUGGUUGGUGGUGGCAACUACAUCGAGUACCAGAACCUCAUGGACUAUGCUAAGUCCAGGUCGACCACAACACAGCGCAAAAUAGUGUAUGGGUGCAGUGACUUGGUGAAUGCCUCCAUGUUUCUCAAACAGUUGGCACAUCUUGGGAAGAAAAUGAUGAUGAUGAUGAUGAUGCUUGAGACUGAUCAUGAUAUAAAGGCUGUAAAUUAUUGUACAUGUUGUAUGUAUUGCUAAUGUUAUUAGAGACUGAUUUUGUCUGUCUGUUGCUCAGAAAUAUUGGCGGUUGAUAUUUGCCUGACCAAACAUAUAGUCAGAUGUUUCUACUGGGACUGGCUGUAUCAUCCACUGUUCCUGAACCUACCCUUAGGUCACCAAGUACUGGAUAUGUAUGGAGAAUUUGAGAUAUAUAAUUAUCUUGAGCUGAAACUACUGUAUUCAAUUUUACUUGGAAGCUUAAUUUUGAUAAAUUUCGUGACAGACCACCUAUGUUUCCAGGUUAAAAUAAUCAGCCAAAUUUAAUAUGAAAUUGUUAUGAUUUUAAAUGUCCAAAUUUUAAAAUGGCCAAAGUUAAAGUUACACAAUCAGCCACAGCCACCAUCUGACUACAGGUAUUUUCAUCAAGUGUUGGUUUAUUGAAUGUCUACCAGUUGUUUCAGCUCUUCUGUUUACAAAAUAUGUGAAGGGUUUUCACUACAAGAACAGGGACACUUAUUCCAAAGUUGAUAAUUGUUACCUUUGGUGCUUGUUCUGCUGUUAUAAUAUUACCAAGUUGGCAUUUUGAUUAUGUAAGAUAAUCACUAGUUUGUGUGGGUUAAAGUAAGUAUUCACUGAUAUGUAAAUGUUAACCGACAUGAAUUUUACAGAAUUAAAUAAUGAAUCGCU